UAACUUGUCACAUUUAAAAUGUCUAUUAACCGGACUCAUCUUUAAAGAUGGAGUCAACCUAGUAUGCAAACGCACCAACAUGACCUGUUUGAAAAUGCAGCGCAGCAGCAGCAGCAGGGUACAGAGCGAAAGCGCUCCCACUGAAUUCAGCUUUUCCGACGGUGCGUGAACGCAGCAGCCUUCAUCCACCGAGCCUCGCGCGGCCGGGCUGAUGCGAACUCACGGAACCCGGAGCCGCCGUGCCGACCGGUCCUGUGCAGGUGUGCACGGCCCCGUCACGAGGUUCGCUUCCCAUCUGCAGAUGCCUCGGGGUUCAGGUGCCCUGCCAGAAUAGUUUUUUUUUCGCGUGCGCGUGCGUGUGUGUUGUCUCAAAGGGUUACACGCCCGCGGAGGCUGCGCCUCGUUGUCACUUCCGCUCGAGCCGCGCGUGAAUUAGCGGACCGCACCGACAAGUUGGUCAGUCCCGAUGCUGCGCGCGGGCGGGAUGGAGGAGUUCAUCACGGAGGAAGAGGAGCCGUGGUACGACCAGCGGGACCUGGAGCAAGACCUGCACCUGGCCGCGGAGCUCGGGAAGACGCUCCUGGAACGCAACAAGGAGCUGGAGGACUCGCUGCAACAGAUGUACAUCGACAACGAGGAGCAAGUGCAGGAGAUUGAGUACCUGUCCAAGCAGCUGGAGCUCCUGCGGGAGAUGAACGAGCAGCACGCCAAGGUGUACGAGCAGCUGGACGUGACGGCCCGAGAGCUGGAGAUCACCAACGAGAAGCUGGUUCUGGAGAGCAAGGCCUCGCAGCAGAAGAUAGACCGGUUGACGGGCACCAUGGACACCUUGCAUGGUCAGGUGGACAGCCUGACGGUGCGGGUGGAGGAGCUCCGGACUCUGGAGGAGCUGAGGGUCCGCCGAGAGAAGACGGAGCGCCGGAAGACGGUGCACUCCUUCCCCUGCAUCAAAGAGCUGUGCACGGCCCCGAGGUACGAGGACGGCUUCCUGUUGGCCAACCCGGGGAGCGUGGACCUGGCCGAGGAGCGGCCGGCGGACGAGGAGAACGAGCGCCUCCGGGGCAUGGUGUCCUCGCUGCGCGCCGCCAUGGCCGCCGAGCGCUCCCGGCGGGAGGGCGCCGAGCGCGAGUGCUCCGCCGUGCUGCAGGAGUUCGAGCGGCUGGAGCAGCGGCUCCUGGGGGCCGAGGGCUGCCAGCUGCGGGUCCAGGAGCUGGAGGCCGAGCUGCAGGAGAUGCAGCAGCUGCGGAAGUCCCGCGCGUGCCUGAUGGGCGGCAUGGAGCACGGCCUGGAGACGCUGCUCGCCAACGGCCCCGAGACGGACACCCCGGAGGAGGGCCUGGGCCCGGGGGGGGAGGAGGGGGAGGAGGAGGGCGGCGACGCGGAGCAGGGGCCCACCGGGCAGCAGGUGAGGAAGAGCUGCAGCGACACGGCCCUGAACGCCAUCUCGGCGCGCGACGCCUCGGGCCGGCGCCAGGGCAGCUACGCCAUCCACGCCAACGGCGUGCGCAAGCGGGGGAUGUCCAUCCUGCGCGAGGUGGACGAGCAGUACCACGCGCUGCUGGAGAAGUACGAGGGGCUGCUGGGGAAGUGCCGGCGCCACGAGGAGAGCUUGUGCCACGCCGGGGUGCAGACGUCCCGGCCCGUCUCCAGGGACCCGUCUAUGAGGGACUACAGCGCCGUCUGCGCCGGGCCCUCAGCAGCGGCGGCGGCAGCAGCACCACCCCCCCUGCCGCCGCCGGCACCCUCCACCCCGGAGGCCCUGGAGGGGAUCAGCAGGCAGGUGGAGCAGGUGGACAAGCGGCUGAGCCAGAACACGCCGGAGUACAAGGCCCUCUUCAAGGAGAUCUUCUCCCGCCUGCAGAAGACCAAGAGCGACGUGAACUCCAGCAAGAGCAAGAAGGGCCACAAGUGAGGGAGGGGGGGGCUCAUCUCU